AUUGACAGUUGGUAAACUUUCUUUUAUCUUGUUUAUUUCGGUGCUUGUUUCUUUUUAUUUGGUUGGAAAACCGAACUAGCCCUUUACGAUAGUUGGAGGCAAUUCCAAAAAUCAAACCAUUCAAGCCUUGAAUAUAUAAGCAGGUUCGUGGUUAUUGUUUAUAUAUUGUGAUUUAUGAACUUCCAAUGCCCCGGUGAUAUAUAAAUGAUAAGCUAUGAUGGCGACAGCUUCUGCUACUACAGCCACGAUUGAUGAAGAUUUAGAUGAAUGUGGACCACAGUUAAUCACCAAGCUAGAGGGAAAUGGCAUAACAUCAGGAGACAUCAAAAAGCUGGAAGAAGCAGGUUACCACACUGUGGAGUCAGUUGCGUAUGCCCCAAAAAAAUGGCUAAUAACCAUAAAGGGGAUAUCAGAGGCGAAAGCUGACAAAAUAUUGUCAGAGGCAUCAAAGUUAGUGCCUAUGGGAUUUACCACCGCCACUGAGUUUCACCAGAAAAGAGCUGAAAUCAUUCAGUUGACAACUGGCUCAAAAGAACUGGAUAGAUUGCUAGGCGGUGGAAUAGAGACAGGGUCCAUAACAGAAAUAUUUGGAGAAUUCCGGACAGGGAAGACACAGCUAUGCCACACAUUGGCAGUGACUUGCCAGUUGCCAAUAGAGCAGUCGGGCGGCGAGGGCAAGUGCAUGUACAUAGACACGGAGGGCACGUUCCGGCCCGAGCGCCUGCUGGCCGCGGCGCAGCGCUACGGCAUGGAGGCCGCGGCUGUGCUCGACAACGUGGCCUACGCGCGCGCGUACAACACCGACCACCAGACGCAGCUGCUGGUCCAGGCCUGCGCCAUGAUGGCAGAGUCUCGAUACUCUCUGAUAAUUGUGGAUAGCGCCACGGCACUGUACAGAACAGAUUAUUCCGGAAGAGGGGAGCUGAAUCCAAGACAACAGCAUCUAGGCCGCUUCAUGAGAAUGUUACUCAGACUAGCUGAUGAGUUUGGAGUAGCAGUAAUAAUAACCAACCAAGUAGUCGCCCAAGUAGAUUCUGUUGGCGUUUUCAACGCCGACACGAAGAAGCCAAUCGGCGGCCACAUCCUCGCGCAUGCGUCGACGACCCGACUGUACCUGCGCAAGGGCCGCGGCGAUAACAGAGUUUGCAAGAUCUACGACAGCCCGUGUCUGCCAGAAACCGAAGCCAUGUUUGCUAUAAGUGCUGAAGGCAUCACUGAUGCCAAAGAAUAGAUUGUAAGGUGUGAUUGGAACUUGUUUUUGUUUAGAUAGAGUAAACUAUAGACAUCGUGACAUCUUCUAUUUCGCUCAUACAAGAGAAACGCCUAUUUAAUGAACAAAGCGCUACUUAGUUUUCUUGGCCCUCGUCAUACAGACAGCCUACAACUGCCGGGUAGUGUUGGUCUAUGUCAUGUUGCUGCUAAUUAAUUAAUGUUAUACUUAAAUCCCGACUAAUAUCUAUUGGACGGAUUGUUAUGAAAUAUGAAAUUUGGUACACGGGUAGAAAAUAACCUGGAAUAACACGUAGGGUACUAUUAAUCCUGACAUUCCCACGGGAACGAAGCUCCGGGGCGCUGCUAGAAAAAAAAAUAUAUAUAUAUACUUUGCAAUAAGAGCCACAGAUAAAAGAUAGCACUAUAUGUAUGUUGCACCAAAAUGUUGCUUAGAACUUUUUAGUGCUAUAUAAGAUUAUCUUCAAACACUGACCACGCGUCUAUAGUUUUCUUUGUCUUUGGUUUAAUGUAACCAAUAUUUACAAGAAAGUGUAUGUUUUUGAAGGACUAGGAAAAAUUAAAACAUUCUAAUGAAAUAGAAAUAUAGCCAUUUAAUUUGAAUAAUGGUUAUUGUUAACAGUUCUUGUCCAUUACAUUGACAUGUACUAAAAAAUUAUAUGUCCAAAAACAGUAUGCACCUAAUUGACUACUUCUUAACAUAUAUUUAUCGAUAUUUCGCAAUUUUGUAAAUAUUAUCUUCAAUAAAAAGCUGGUAUAUUUUUAAA